CUCUGUAAACCACUGCAGCCAAAAUAGAGGAAACCCAUCAUCUCACACCACAAACAUCGUACAAAGGCAUUGCCAAAAGCAAGAUUUUCUGAACAACGCGCCUUGAAUCUUGAUAUAUAGAGGAAGAGAAGGCCUUUACGUGGCGGUCCUGUGACAAGGCUUGUCAAAAUGGCUCCAAAUUCCCUCAUCUUCUUUGUGUGGUUAGGAAAAUUCAGAGCCACAAACAGUCCCUUCUCAGCUUCUAGUUUCUUUUCCAUGCCUUUUUCUGUGCUUCUUUUUUCUAUGGGCAAGAAAUCAAAUGGGUUGCUAUCAUUUUCCAAUCCAAAGUUCAAACGAUCCAUUGGUGAUCAAAUCUCUCCCUUAAGUCGUUUUUCUACAAACCCUCAUUUUCCGUUCAAACAAUUUUUGUAGUGACCGUUGCAUCGGAGUUCAAUGGCUAUGGAGGCAACUGCCGCGACGAUAUCUUAUGCGAAUUUGAGCGGUUCCGCAGCCCAUAGGUUGAGACCCUCUUCAGAUCUAUACAGAACUGUUUUCUUUUCUAGUUCUUUUCGGAGUGGCAAUCGAAGCCAUUGCCGAUCAUUGAUUACGAGGGCUGCUGCGAAUACCGGCAAUAAGGGGAAGAAGAAACCUAAAUCGAAGAAAGCUGCGGUGGCAGCUGAUGAAGAGAAAGUGGAGGAGAUUGUGGAUUCCAGUGAAGGGUUUCAACAGCAACUGCCGCCACAGCCGCCGCAGCCGAAGAUUUCGUUGGAUGAUGUGAAUCCAGUGGGGUUGGGGCGGAAGUCCCGCCAACUGUUUGAUGAAGUGUGGCGGAAGUUUUCUGGGUUGGGGCAAAUAUCAAGGACUACAAGGAUGGAUGAUAAGGAAGCUCUUGAUGCUAUGCUUAUUAGGGAGGGGCCUAUGUGUGAGUUUGCUAUUCCUGGAGCUCAGAAUACUACUGUGCUUGUUGUUGGUGCAACUAGCCGCAUUGGCCGCAUUGUUGUUCGUAAACUUAUGCUGCGUGGCUACAGUGUCAAGGCUCUAGUAAGGAAGGCAGAUGAUGAUAUCCUAGACGUGCUUCCAAGAUCGGUGGAAAUCGUGGUCGGAGACGUUGGUGAUGCUAAUACCCUUAAGGCUGCUGUGGAGGGCUGCAAUAAAAUCAUCUACUGUGCAACUGCUCGUUCCACAAUUACAGCAGAUCUCUUCAGGGUUGAUCAUCAAGGAGUUUACAAUAUCACCAAAGCAUUUCAGGACUAUAAUAAUGAGCUAGCACAACUUCGUGCUGGAAAAAGCAGCAAAAGUAAGCUUCUGCUUGCGAAGUUCAAAUCCGAAGAGUCGUUGAAUGGUUGGGAAGUUCGCCAAGGAACUUACUUCCAAGAUGUUGUUGCUUCUAAGUAUGAUGGAGGCAUGGACGCAAAAUUUGAAUAUACUGAAACUGGAGAGGCUAUUUUCUCAGGGUACGUUUUUACAAGGGGGGGAUAUGUCGAGUUGUCAACGAAACUUUCCCUUCCAUUGGGAUCCACCCUCGACAGAUAUGAGGGGCUCAUUCUUUCAGUUGGUGGGAAUGGAAGGUCUUAUGUGUUAAUUCUUGAAGCUGGUCCUUCAGCUGAUACAACUCAACGUAAACUAUAUUUCUCGAGAUUUAGCACGAAAGCUGGAUUUUGUCGGGUCAGAAUACCUUUUUCGUCCUUCCGCCCUGUUAAACCAGAUGAUCCACCUCUCGAUCCAUUUCUUGUGCAUACGUUGACCAUUCGUUUCGAGCCUAGAAGACAGAGGCCUACUGAAGGACCUGCUGCAGCAGGCGUAAAGCAGCAAGAUUUGAGAAGCUUUGAACUCGUAUUGGAAUACAUAAAAGCCUUGCCUACUGGGCAAGAGACAGACUUCAUCUUGGUUUCAUGUACAGGAUCUGGUGUAGAACCAACCAGAAGGGAGCAGGUUCUCAAGGCAAAAAGGGCUGGGGAAGAUUCGUUGCGAAGAUCGGGCCUUGGGUACACGAUUAUCCGCCCGGGUCCUCUAAAGGAAGAACCCGGGGGCCAACGUGCUCUUAUAUUUGACCAGGGAAACAGGAUAACUCAGGCCAUCAGCUGUGCUGAUGUUGCUGACAUCUGCGUAAAAGCAUUGCAUGACUCUACAGCAAGAAACAAAAGCUUUGAUGUCUGCUAUGAAUAUGUUGCUGAGCAAGGAAGAGAACUCUACGAGCUGGUUGCUCACUUGCCUGACAAAGCCAACAACUACCUCACCCCUGCCUUGUCUGUUCUGGAAAAGAACACAUGAUCACAGUCCUCUUCUCAUGGCUUCAAAAGCAAUGGAAACAUGGAGACUUUGAUCUCUCAAAUAGGCAGAAAGUUCUCAUCAGAUGGAAGGGGAUGUAAAGGUUUGAAAAUUAAAAGUUUCAUAACUUUCAUAGGCUAUGUAUUCAUUCAUGAUGUUUUGAGGAAAAGUGUACAAGAAAUCGAAUGGUUGGAAAGAAAAAAGAAAGGUGAGUUGCUUCGUGUUCUGUUCAA